GGGGAGUGGGAGAUGGAACACUCGCUUGAGCAUCCAAAACACACGGGAGUGGUUCGCCGCCGAGACUGGAGCCCCGGACCCACCCGAAGCAGCGGCACGCUCCGCCGACCUCCCUUGACGCCUCUGCUCCGCGCGUCGGCGCCCGGCCUCGGUCAGAGGCCUUCGUCUUAACGCCCUCCGUCUCUGCUCGGGAUUCCUCCGUGAGGAUUGGAAGGAGGGUACCUCGGCUGCAUUUCCUCAAUAAAGACCUUUGUUCCCCAACAUCCGGCGCAGCUCCCUUCCCCACCUGCCAUGGUGACAUGACACACCCCUGAGUGGCUUUGCUCCUUUCUCGCACACAAAGACGAUCCCCUAGGGCUCCCCCGGACCCCUGAACUCUUAACUCCAGCAAACAAAAAGAGACAUCUCCCCCUCCUACGCUCAACACCUCCCCUCCUCUGCGAUGACGGUGGCCGUGCGAUUCCGUCGCCACUUGCGCAGGCUCCUGCUCCUGCUGGCCUCCGGCUGCCUCCUCUCCCUCCUCCUCUCGGCCUACUUCCUGUUCACCAACUCCUCCCCUUCCAUGCAGCUUGGACAAUCCCCCGAACCCGCCUGCUCCCAGCCGCUGUCUCCCUACCAUCAACUCCCGUACCCGUACCCCCCCAACCCUCCUCACACACAUAUCCACACGGAGCCAGUAGUGCUGGUGCUCGUUGAGUCCCAGUACUCCCAGCUGGGUCAGGACAUUGUGGCUAUAUUGGAGUCAGCGCACUUCCAGUUCCGCAUGGAGAUUGCCUCAGGGAAGGGCGACCUCCCGCCGCUGACCGAGAAAGGUCGCGGCCGAUAUUCACUCAUCAUUUAUGAAAAUCUGUUGAAGUAUGCACAUGCGGACACGUGGAACAGACAGCUGUUGCAUCAGUACUGUACGGAGUACAGAGUGGGCAUCAUCGGUUUCUACCGCUCCACCGAGAACUCCCCGCCGCUCCUCAAGCUCAGAGGCCUCCCGGUGGUCCUUCGUACCAACCAGGCGCUCUGGGACUGCUGUGUGGUGUCCAGCUCACCUCUGCUCCACCUGACCAAGCCCGGCACGGAUCGGGGGGCUCUGCCGGGGGCCGACUGGACCUCCUUUUCCUCUAAUCACUCCACCUACCAGGCUGUCCUGCAUGCACGGGCCAAGGACAGAGCCGGAGCAGGUAGCGGCGAUAACCCGGGGCCCGGCUUUAGCGUAGGCCUCCAAGCCACCGUGGUUCAGGACAUGGGGCUGUAUGACGGGGUGAGGCGGGUGCUGUUUGGCCAGGGACUUGCCUACUGGCUCCACAGACUCAUUCUGGUGGAUGCCAUCUCCUACCUCACAGACAGGAAGCUUACCUUGGGUUUGGACCGGCACAUACUGGUGGAUAUAGACGACAUUUUCGUGGGAAAGGAAGGGACCCGGAUGAAUAACAAGGAUGUGAAGGCUCUUCUUGAUACUCAGAGACAGCUGCGUUCUCAGAUCUCCAACUUUACCUUCAACCUGGGCUUCUCGGGGAAGUUCUACCACACAGGCACAGUGGAGGAGGAUGAGGGAGAUGAUUUACUAUUGAAGUAUGUGGAUGAGUUCUGGUGGUUCCCCCACAUGUGGAGCCACAUGCAGCCUCACCUCUUCCACAACGAGUCCUCGCUGCUGGAGCAGAUGGUCCUCAACAAGGAGUUUGCUCUGGAGCACAGCAUCCCGGUGGACAUGGGUUACGCCGUGGCCCCUCACCACUCAGGGGUCUACCCCGUCCACCUUCAGCUCUACAAGGCUUGGAGACACGUGUGGAACAUCCAAGUGACCAGCACGGAGGAGUACCCCCAUCUCAAACCCGCUCGCUACCGCAAGGGUUUCAUCCACAACAACAUCAUGGUGCUGCCCCGCCAGACGUGUGGCUUGUUUACUCAUACAAUCUACUAUAAGGAAUACCCUGGCGGGCCAAAAGAACUGGACAAAAGCAUCCUUGGAGGAGAGCUGUUUCUCACCGUGCUGCUCAACCCAAUCAGUAUAUUCAUGACCCACUUGUCUAACUACGGCAAUGACCGACUGGGCCUUUACACCUUCGUUCACCUGGCCUCCUUCCUUCGCUCGUGGACAAACCUGAAACUCCACACACUCCCACCUUUGCAGCUGGCACACAAGUACUUCCAGCUUUUUCCUGAACAAAAGAAUCCGCUCUGGCAGAACCCGUGUGAUGACAAACGGCAUAAAGACAUCUGGUCUAAAGAGAAAACCUGUGACAGGCUGCCUAAGUUCAUGGUCGUGGGCCCACAGAAAACAGGAACGACAGCACUUUAUCUCUUCCUACUCAUGCAUCCCUCCAUCUCCAGUAACUUCCCCAGUCCCAAGACGUAUGAGGAAGUCCAGUUCUUCAACACCAAUAACUACCACAAAGGAAUUGACUGGUACAUGGAGUUUUUCCCCGUGCCCUCUAAUGUUAGCACCGACUUCCUGUUUGAGAAGAGUGCCAACUACUUCCCCUCGGAGGAGUCCCCACGUCGAGCUGCCGCCCUGCUGCCCAAGGCCAAGAUCAUCACCCUGCUCAUCAACCCCUCCGACAGGGCCUACAGCUGGUAUCAGCAUCAAAGAGCUCACGAGGACCACGCGGCCCUGAGGUUCACCUUCUAUGAUGUCAUCAGUGCAAGAGCUGGGGCGCCGGCCGAGCUCCACUCCCUGCAGAGCCGCUGUCUCAUCCCCGGUCUCUACUCCUCACACCUGGAGAGGUGGCUUGCUAACUACCCUGCUAACCAGGUGAUGAUCAUAGAUGGCCAUCAGCUUAGAACUGACCCUGCGGCGGUGAUGGAUGAAGUCCAGAAGUUCCUGGGAGUCACUCCUCACUUCAACUACUCCCAGACCCUCACGUUUGACCCCCAGAAGGGCUUUUGGUGCCAGCUCCUUGAGGGAGGGAAGACAAAAUGUUUGGGAAAGAGCAAAGGGAGAAAGUACCCUCCAAUGGAGCCAGAGGCGCAUGCAUAUCUCUCCAGGUACUACAGGGAACACAACGUGGAGCUGUCAAAGCUGCUGCAUCGCCUCGGACAGCCCCUCCCCUCCUGGCUCAGAGAGGAGCUGCAGAAGGUUAGAUAACCUUUGCAUCCAUGAACCAGGGUUAAAGGUCACGGGGUCAAAGACCAGGAGCACCUGUCCUUCAGAUGGUCUAUCUGUGGCCUUUUUAGUGACCCCUGAGGCGAAGCUAGGACAGGAGGCCUUGUCACUCCUGGGAGCUGUGACCCAGCUGGGCUGAAGCCAAACUCUUUGAAGGACGACAGGUUGGAUGGAGGAGUCAGGGCUCCAGGUGGCUCUGCCAGCUCAGCAGAAUGUGGGACUAAAAGGAAGGGCCACCUUAUCUGGGAUGAAGACGACCAUGAUGGACAAGGAGCAUUUGGAAAGCGGCUGAUGCACCAUCCCUGAAACGGGGUGAACUCUCGUGAAGAGCUGCAGCGACUAUGAAAGUUAUUACUUUUUUAAUUUUCACCUCUAAUUUAUGAUGCCAGAACAGCGCUGGUCAGCUGUGUGUGGUUCCCAUAGAGAAGACUUUGCACUAAGUUCUGUCCCAUUCAUCUCUCCAAGAUAAAAGAAACCUCCUAUGUGGUUCUGUUAUAUUUUAGUUGUUUCUUUUGUCACAAUGAGAGUAAGCAGGGAUGAUACGUGCUUUGACUAAGGGUGAUGGACAGUAUUCCCAUGAUAAGUUAAUUCAUUGCUUAUUUUUUUUAAAGUGAAGCUAGUUUCUGGUAGAUCUGGUAGCGUUGUUCACCUUUAGAGGCUUUCACUGGAAAUUAGGGGCUCCGAAAUGGGUCACUAAAUCAAGAUGCAUUGCACGCUCAUUAUUUCCCUGUUAAAAAACCAUGCAGAAGAACUCUGUGUCCAUUUAGCAGAGCAUGAGCGGUGAUGAUUCCGGCACUAUUGACUGAGGCCUCGUGAGUUUGUGAUGAAAGCUGACGAAAAAAAGAUCUUUUUGGAUAUUACACUUAAUUCUGAGACUCUUUAAGAAACUACAGUAACCGCAGGCAGUUUUUGUUUUGUCCGUGUUUCAUCAAAGUAUUUUUAUUUCCUUUUUAAAACCAGUGGCCUACGUUGUCUAGCAUCUAUUUGAAUGCAACAAAAAAAAAGAUAAAUGUCAAACACAGAAACAGAAAUAAAAGAAAUGAAUAUGA